CAGGGCGGUGGUAAGGAGAAGUCGCGGUGUUUCCGCUCGCGUCCCGUUUGUGAAGCUUUGCUGUGAAGCGUCAGCCCCCGGCGGCGGCGGCCCCUUUAAGAAAGAAGCGCCGCACACUGACGAAAUUUCCCCGGCCCUGCUCUCUCUGCCAGUCUGUGUAGAUCGACAACAGAUCGGAGCAGCGCCGGUAUCUGCAAGCUCCGGGCCAACGGCGCUGGUCAGGAAAGCUCUCUCCAGGGAGGAGGGGGGACACGCAACUGGUAUUUUUUUCCCACUGUCUGCCUGCCUGACCGCUCAGCUCUCAGCAGGAGACGACAUUUAGUCGGCUUUCAGAAAUUAGCGGAUGUAUCGUCGGGAUGGAUGGACGGAGUGAGCGGCAUUCGCCGUGAGACUGGCGCUAAUUUGACGUCCUGAGCAGCAGGUGUACAGAAGGAUAAAGCAGACUAAAAGGCAAUCUCAGUGUUCAUGAAACUUUGCUACGAUUUACGUGCUGGGGUUGCCGUCCGCCAUGUUAAGGUAAAGCCCAGGUGUGCGGUGUUGACCAUGCUAAAGCGCCUGGACAAGAUCCGCUUCCGAGGCCCCAGGACGAGAGACGAAUUCCCGGAUCUGGCCGAGUCGCCACCUGCCUCUGACAACGAAUGUAGCGACGACAUGCAGCUGAAGCCGAGAGCAGCUCUGCGUGACACAGAGGACGUCCUGCGAGAACCCAGGCUUGAAGAAAAUGGAAACGGAGGUGCUGUCAGACAGGAAGUGUUUGCAUCGGCAGAGUUUAGCAGAGCUGGUUCGGGGUCUCCUACUAUGGCUGCAGCCAUACAGGACUUCCAGAGGUCAGAGUCAGAGCGGCUCAACGAAGUCAAGGGUCAUUUGGAAAUUGCCUUAUUGGAGAAACAUUUCCUACAGGAGGAACUGAGGAAGCUGCGGGACGAGACCAGCGUGGACUCCCUGCGGCAGGAGCUCGAGAGGGAGCGAAGCAAAAGGAUAGACCUGGAGCAGAAGAUGAGCGAUUUGCUCAAAACCAGGCUAGAGGACUCUCCACCACAACCUCCCAGAAAGCAGCAGUCGCCCUCAAACAACAGAACAGCAGAGAAACAGCAGAAGGAAGUGUGGAGUUCACGGCUGCAGAAGUGGCUGUACGAGCGCUUCGGGGUUUACAUGGAAGACUUCCGCUUCCAGCCGGAGGAAAGCACAGUGGAGGCUGAGGAACCGCUAAGUGCUAAAAGGUUGACAGAAAACAUGAGGCGACUCAAGCGAGGAGCCAGACCUGUCACCAACUUCUUAAGGAACCUCUCCGCCUUAUCUAAUUGGCACUCCGUGUACACCUCAGCUAUUGCCUUCAUUAUUUACAUGAAUGCUGCUUGGCAUGGCUGGGCCAUUCCCAUGUUCCUCUUCCUGGCUAUCCUACGCUUGUCCUUAAAUUACCUCAUUGCCAGAGGUUGGAGGAUCCAGUGGAGCAUUGUGCCUGAGGUCUCUGAACCCAUGGAGCCUCCAAAGGAAGACUUGACUGUGUCUGAGAAGUUUCAGCUUGUACUUGACGUUGCACAAAAAGCACAGAACCUCUUUGGAAAGAUGGCUGAUGUUUUAGAGAAGAUAAAGAAUCUGUUCAUGUGGGUGCAGCCAGAGAGCACCCAGAAACUUUACGUCUGCCUGUGGGUGACUUUCAUCACCUCCUGCGUCCUGCCGUACAAACUGCUGGGCUUUAUGAUUGGCGUGUACGCCGGCAUCAAGUUCUUCAUCAUAGACUUCCUGUUUAAGAGUUGCCCGAAGCUCCGCGACAAGUAUGACACGCCUUACAUCGUGUGGAACAGCCUUCCCACCGACCCCCAGCUCAAAGAGAGGACAAACGCCACGGUGUCGAGACGGCUCUCUGGCACUGAGAAGGUCCAGCCGGUGGUUUCUCGUGGAAGCCUCGCCAACGUCCCGUGUGGGGGGAGCAGAGAGGAGGACAGCGGUCGCUCUCACAGCACCAAGAAGGGAGCUUUCCACGAGAUUUUCAACCUGCCAGAGUCAGAGCGCCCUCUGCCGGUCUGUGAAAAUGGCUGGAGGUGUUGCCUGAUAAACCGAGACAGGAAGAUGCCCACAGACUACAUCAGGAACGGGAUGCUUUACGUCACGGAGAAUUACCUGUGCUUUGAGAGCUCCAGCUCCAGAUCGAGCUCCUCAAAGAAGCAUAAAGUCAUCAAGUUGGUGGACAUCACUGACAUACAAAAGUACAAAGUGUUGUCAGUCCUACCAGGAAGUGGGAUGGGCAUUUCAAUAGCCACUCCUUCCACUCAGAAGCCAUUGGUGUUUGGUGCCAUGAUCCACAGGGACGAGGCUUUCGAGGCCAUCUUCACCCAGUACAUGAAGAUCGUGACCAGCAAACCGCCGGCCAGCGCCGAGCUCUAAAGAGCCUUCAGCACUCCUCCGCCGGGGCUGAAGUCUGAUGCAGAGAACCUCCCGAGUCUCAGCCGAACUGGAUGACAUUCUCUAACGCCGCACUCUUCGACCGUGUGUGAGCUGCCUCCUCCUCUUCCUCAUCAUCAUAGUCGAUGAUCUCGGCCCAGUUGGUGGAUUUUUCUGCUUAGGCCACGUUAGAGGGAAUAUGUGGGUGUAGCUGGUGUUUAGUCACAUGACGCUUUUCCUGUGGGUGAUUAUGGACAAAAUUUGCUAAGAGAGGAGGAUGAUCAGUGUGGUUUUAUCAAUCAUCAGGAGGCUGGUGAGGGAGGCUGGCCUCCUCUCCCACCUGCUGACCACUUGACUUAGCUGGCUGUGUGUGUGUGUGUGUGUGUGUGUGUGUGUGUGUGUGUGUGUGUUAAUUUGCAUCUUAAGUGACUCUGAUGUUCUCUACUGUGGUAGGAAGACUUCAUACAGCUCUCAUCAACCUGGAUGUAUUUAAAAACAAACAGUUCAAACUGCCACAUGUGUAAAAACGAGCUUUUCCAAAUCACUGCAAAAACAAAUAUUCAGACAGGCUGAGCGGUGCUUCGCCUCAUCCAUGGCUGUAUUUUAAUUUAAUUUUUUUUAAAUAAAGUGUAUUAUUAGCUGUGAUGACUGCUGACACGGGAGCCUUCCUUAGUUUACACCACCGCUGGCUUGGUCUCUCUUGUCUUGACGAAGCAAAAACGUCCACUGCUGCGUUCGGCAUCCGUGUUUGUGAAACAGUGCAGUGACGUUUUCAUGUUAAAUGCCUUUAUUUUGAAAAAUGUCUUUUGGUCUUUGUAACAGAUCCUUUUUUUUAUUUUCUCGACAAGAGCACAACACCGCCUGCUGUUUAAACUCUCGACACAUGGAGACCAUUUAUUUGUCCCGUCUCUGCUGUUCUCCCUGCACUUUAUUAAAAACUGGAAAUGCUGA